AUGGAGAUGGAGGACGAGAACAUAGAGGUCCGAAUAAAACUAGACGAUAUCUCUUUCACGGCAAUCUUUGCCGAGGGAGAGACAAUCAGCUUAAGCAAGAAUUCCCUCAAAAACGAUUGGGACGAUUUAGCUAGAGAAUAUAAGGAAGCCGAGAAACUGUCAAAACCUCUAAACCACGAUGUCCAAGGAACCGGGGAAUUUGAUUCAAGCGAUCACAGUCAUGAUGUUUCUCACACAAAUGACAAACAAUCUUUGUCGGAGACCCAGGUCGUGUCACAAGUCAAUAACCUUAUUGGUGACAUUGAUAAUAAUUCAGGUGUAUCACCAGGUAUUGACCAAGGCGUUCCUAGUAGCAACAAAUCUUGUCAACAUUGCUUCGACAAGGAAAAAGAUUCUAUUUCGACUGAAUCGAAACAAUCUGUUUUGAUUUCCAACGACAGUCUCAUUGAUAAAAAUAAUGAAGAGACUAACACUUUAACGAAUAAAGACAGUAAUGAAAUUUUAAUUACUAACGACAGUCAUCUUAAAGAAACCAAUUCAAAUAACACAAACGAUAAAUUAACCAAUAACGACAAAGACGAUAGUAAUCACAACAGUGACGACAGUGACAAAAACAAUAAUCAGACCCAAGAUAACAAUAAGGGUGCUAUCAAAAAACGACAGUUAUAA